GUAGAGAAGAUUUUAGUACAAACCUUGUUUUUGUUGUUGAACUAAAAAUACGCACGUGCUCGUGUCAGAAAUAUGCGCAUAUCGCAUAUUUCGUGCUGUGUAAACAUUUGAAAAUAGUUGGGAGAGCUUUAAAAAUAUGGAACUAUUUGCUGUUAAUAGAUAUGAUGGAAAUAAGCUCAGCUUUGAAGAUGAAACUGAGCAAGAAGCGCUAAUUUUGCAACGCCUUCAAGCACGUAAACAGAAGAACACGCGCAUUCAGCGAUCACCAACUCCCGCGAAGGAGAAUUACGUAGAGAAGGAUGAUGAGCCGAACGUGUCUGAGGUGCCACAAACACCUCAUGAGGAUGAACCACAGGAAGACGUCACAGCGAAUUUUCCGGUAAUAAGCGAUGAUGCCGGCGAUCACGGGGAUCAAAUUAUAGAAGAACAGGAUAAACCAUCCGAAUUUGUGGUGCUCGGCGAUGAUCAUUUUAAGAGGUUAAAAAAAGUCGAAGAGGUCCUUCCGCCUUGGUUGUCCCAUCCUACCGUCAUCGAUAGUGAUCUUAGCAAAAAAGGAAAAUCCAUUAAAAAGCUUAAUUUUCUGGACGGCCAACUACGGGCCAAUUUACAAGAAAUGGGCUACAAGCGGCUGUUCCCUGUUCAAGAAAUGGUUAUCCCUUGGAUAUUGGAAGCUCACCGAAAGCCAGCACCAUUCUGGCCACGAGAUGUUUGCAUAUCGUCUCCGACCGGUAGCGGAAAAACUCUGGCUUUCGCCAUUCCAAUUGUGCAACUGCUGAUGAAGAGAAUAUCUCCGGCAAUUCGGGCGUUGGUUAUUUUACCCGUAAAGGAACUGGCCGAGCAAGUCUUUGGAGUGUUUGAUAAACUCUGUAAAGGGACAAAAUUGCGUCCUUUGCUGUUGUCACGCAAGCAAGUUUUUAGUGUGGAACAGACAAAGCUGGUGGAUCAAUUCAACGGAGAAUAUAUUUCAAAAGUGGAUAUUGUCAUAACCACAGCCGGUCGCCUUGUGGAACAUCUGCAUUCAACCAAGGGUUUCACAUUGAAAAAUCUUCGUUUCCUAAUCAUUGAUGAAGCUGACCGGGUUAUGGAUCAAAUUCAAAACGAUUGGCUGUACCACCUGAACAAACACGUGAAAGAAGAAUCGGACGAAUACCUUCUUGGGAGAACGGCUGGUCAACUGUCUCAGACGGAGCUUUUCGAUAAACCCCGACAGCCGCACAAGUUGUUGUUCUCCGCUACCCUCAGCCAGGAUCCGGAAAAACUUCAAACGUUUAAGCUGUUCCACCCGAAACUGUUCACUGCCGUUGCCAAUCCAGCCAAACGGUUAGCCAUUCUGGAGAAGAUGCACACCGCUGCCGAGGAGAAGCGUGGCAAAUUUGUCGGACAGUACGCAACGCCAUUGGAGCUGCGCGAGUUGAUAUGCAUGACCCAGUACAAAAUCAAACCACUGACGCUGUUUGCUCUGUUGAAGGAGAACAACUACAAACGGUUUCUGUGUUUUACCAAUUCGAUCGACGCCUCCCAUAGGUUGUCUUUUGUGCUGCAGAAAAUGUUCGGCAAUGAGCUGAUAGUCGAAGAAUGGUCCUCCUCACUAAAUCCAGCAGCCAGGAAAGGAGUGUUGAGUCGGUUUGCAUUAGGAAAAGUGAAUGGAAUCAUCUGUACGGACGCACUCGCACGAGGUAUUGAUAUAGAGGACAUCGACGUAGUGAUAUCAUAUGAUAUGCCUCGACAUAUCAACACCUACAUUCACCGAAUUGGGCGAACUGGUCGAGCUGGUAACCGAGGAACGUCCAUUACGAUGUUGAUCGAUGAAGAGCGAAAAAAGUUCAAAACCACCUUAGCUGAAGCCGGAAAAAGUGAGCUGGAAACGAUUGAGAUCAAAUCAAAUGCUGAAGAAGAGUAUGCAAUGUUGUACUCAAAUGCACUAACUGAUCUUCGUGAAGCAUUAGAUUUGGAGAAACAGACCAUCAACAAAAUUCGUAGCGGAAUGUCCAUUACCAGCAUGACUAAAGUCAACUUGCUGAGUAAACUGAAGGAUCGGGUUGACAUCGAAAACACCAAUUCAACUGAAACAAUCAAAACAUUGGUGCAUCUGCCGAAAGCUUGGACAAAUGAAGCCAUCGAAAAGCGAGCUAACGAAUCGACGGAGAAGAAACGAAAGCAGAAACGACCAGCUGAUAACAUUGAAGGCAACAGAGUUUCCAACAAUGAAUCAGCGAAGAAACAAAAGUUGGCUGGAGAUAAUGGCCAAGGUAGUUCUGGGAAGAACUUUGAGGCAAAAGUACGUAUCACAUCUGAAAAGAACGGCGACGGUAAGUAAUCAAUAAAACUAAAAGUUUUAAUUGAA